CAGAUGUUCAUUUGACCUAAAUUUUCCUCCUCAUACACAUCAUCUUUGAUAAUUUAGGACUAUUUUCAAUUCAUUUUGUGAAUAAAUCAUAUCCAUGUGGACAAUUCUGUUUUCGACUAUAGCUUUAAUGCUUAGCUUUAUUAUCAUCCAUCUGUUGUACAUCAAAAGCUCAACAAAAUUACCACCUGGGCCAAUCAGUUGGCCUUUAAUUGGAUAUAUAUCUUGUUUAGGUACUGAUGCUUUUCGUAAAAUUCAGCAUUUAAAUAAAAUUUAUGGUGAUAUUGUGUCAUUUCAAGUUUUGGGAAAAACAAUAAUCAUAUUGUAUAAUUAUGAUUUAAUAAACGAAGCAGCAAAUGAGAAUCGUUCGAAAGUUGGACGAUAUACAAUGACUGUAAAUGAUUUAUUGGCAGAAAAUUCAGGUAUUUCAAAUUACGACACACCAAAGGCACUGGAAAUGAGAAGAGCUGUUUUACGUCUUAUACAUAAUAAUAUAAAAACAGCCGAAGAACACGAAGGUACUAAAUUACACCCAAUUAUAUCGCAGAAUAUAAUCAACGCUCAAAUAAAUGAAUUGAUUCGACAGUUGAGAAUAAGACAAGGAAAACCUGUCAAUGUUUUACAAUUGGUGAGAUGCACAGUUUGGAGAAUUAUUUGGAACUUAGUUUUUGGAAAAGAGUGUCAGUUAACCGACAAACAAAUUUCAAAUAUUUUAGAUGAUAUCUCAUCGAAUAAUUUACAAAAUCAACUUUUUCAAACAAGACAACUAUUGCCUAGAUUUUGUGUGAACAUUUUUAGACAUUCUCAAUUCGCUAGAAAAUUAUUCGACAUUGAAGAGAUAUUACAGAAACACAGGACUGUACGACAGUUAAUUGAUAGCAAUGUCGGUGACAUAUAUAAUUCGGACUCAUUAUUGGGUCAAUUAAUCAAUGAUUCAAAAUUGAAUUUAACUAAAAAUGAUAUUUCACGUCUUUCAUUUGAAUUAAUGGCUGCUGGUACUGACACUACGUCUUUAACAUUAACAUGGGCAUGUGAUUAUCUAACAAGAGCUCCACCGAAAGAAUCAUUUAAACUAAGCUCAGAUGUUAUUGAUAUGGUUCAUCGUUGGGCUAGUGUAGUUCCUCUGUCAUUACCUCAUAUAGCACGUGAAUCUUUUAAGCUCAAAAAUUAUUAUAUACCGAAAUCAUCAAUUUUAAUAUAUAAUCUUUAUGCUGUACAUAAUAGUCAGUUAAAAAAAUUGAUUAAUACUGAACAAAAAUCGGAUGAAAUCCAAGAAAGUGAUAAGCCAAUACCAUUUUCACUUGGUUCUAGAUCAUGUCCUGGUGCUCGUAUAGCUACUAUACUAAUUGAACAAAUUUUGACAGCUAUUAAUCAAGAAUUUCUUAUUCAAAAUAUUACUCAAUCACCAUUUCAAACAAUUCGUCCAGGAAAUCAAGAAAGUUUAACACCUUUUGGAAUUACACGUAUUCCACAUAAAUCUAUGUAUAUAUUUGUUACAAAAUUAAAUGGAACCAGAAGAACAAGUAUUUAGUAAAUAAGAUUUUAAUUAAAUUAUAUCGAAAGAUUAUUUCAAAUUAAUUAUAAUAAUGAACUGAUAAAAUUGUGAAGUAAAUAUGAUUUUCUUAAGUUAACUCUAUUAAUAUUAGUAAUCUGUUCUUUUAUUAAUACUAAUUAAUUAUUUAUUUAUAGCAAUGGAAAGAUUCCAUAUGUAAUACCAAUAUAAUUAUCAUCUAUUUUGAAAUAUAAUCCAAUGAAG